AUGGCUCUGGACCGGCCCAUUCCAGAGGAGCCUAUCAAGGAAGAAGUCGGCAGCGAGGGAAACAUUAGGAAUGAAACACCCAUCAGCGAGGAGUUGACGCAACAACAGGCUUUGAAGACACCGAGGAAAGAGCAUCACCAGGGCCAGUCAACCUUCUUUCGGCAGCUGCCACCUGAAAUUCGGCAUCAGAUUUACAGGCACUUCUGGAUCUCGGCUGGGGUCGAACGUCAUGCUUUCCUAAGAAAUAGGAAACUCUUGUUCUCUCCCUGCAUCACAGACCACGAGGCACCUGAUGAGCGUCAGAAUGGGGUCGCCAAAGACUUCCAAAAGUCCUGUUCCACAGCGGAGGUUCAGCCUCAUCCGAAAUGGUUCAAAAGAAUGACAUCUCCUUGGUGUAAUCACUGGAAAUGCGAGAGGUUAUGGGAGGAUAUACGAGACGGGCGCGAAGUAGACGGGAACAAGACGCAAGCCUACAUGGCUCUUCUUCUGUCCUGUAAGCGGAUAUACAACGAAAGCGUAGAAUCCUUCAGAGAAGCCAAAACCCUAACGAUAACUGACGGUCAAACCCUCCACCGCAUCCUCCGCUGGCCCCGCCCCAAAUACCUCCACCAAGCCCGCCGCCUCAACAUCUCCCUCCGCCACGACAGCGGCAACUUCCUCUACCUCAACGGUGCCUCCAUGUGGCAUAUACUCUCCGAGCAGGACUCUUGCCAGGCGGAGAGCAUCUACCUCUGGCUCGACGCCGAGUGCCCUGUCACGCGCCGCUUGCUGCCCGAGUUCCGCGAGCUAUACAACUGCGUACCAGCGUCCGUCGCGGCGAGGCUGACGAUUGAUUUCCCCUGCGACGCCGACGACGGGUUCUGGGCGUGGGAGGACGGGUUGGAGGUGGAAGCAGCGGAGGGCGGUGGGCAGGUGAAGAGGUUGGGUCCGCUGGUGCCUGAGUUCCGGGUUGUUGCGAGGGGGCGGCAGAGGUUUAAUGAGACUUCGGCGGGGUAUGUUAGUUGUGUUGAUCGGGGGAGCCCGAGGAGACGGGUUCUGAGGGCGAGCAAUCCGUUUGAGGAUAUUUUACUCUAUGGGAGAGGAUUCGUUGAUGGGUCAUACGUCUAG